AUGGUGUCCCGGGGUCAGGGCCAGGCCAGCCUGGGGCCCCGGUACGUGGGACUCUGGGACUUCGAGGCCCGGACAGACGAGGAGCUGAGCUUCCGGGCGGGAGACCGCUUCCUGGUGGCCAGGAAGGAGGAGGACUGGUGGUGGGCCACGCGGCUGGACACGGCGGGCAGGGCCCUGGCGGAGGGCCUCGUGCCCCACAACUACCUGGCCGAGGAGGAGGCGGCGGAGUCCGAGCCGUGGUUCUUCGGCCGCAUCUCCCGCUCGGAGGCAUCGCGCUGCCUGCAGGCCCACGGCGGCGGCCCAGGGGCCUUCCUGGUCAGGGUCAGCGAGAAGCCGGGCGCCGACUACGUCCUCUCCGUGCAGGACCGGCGGGCCGUGCGCCACUACAAGAUCUGGCGCGGCGCGGGGGGCCGGCUGCACCUCAACGAGGCCGUGUCCUUCGCUGGCCUGCGGGCGCUCGUGGCGCACCACAGGGCCCAGAGCCUGUCCCACGGCCUGCGGCUGACCACGCCCUGCUGGAAGCACGAGCCGGAGCCCCUGCCCCCCUGGGACGACUGGGAGCGGCCGCGGGAGGAGUUCACGCUCUGCAGGAAGCUGGGCGCCGGCUACUUUGGGGAGGUCUUCGAAGGGCUCUGGAAGGACCAGGUCCGCGUGGCCAUCAAGGUCAUCGCGCGAGACGACCUCCUGCACCAGCACACCUUCCGGGCCGAGAUCCAGGCCAUGAAGAAGCUGCGGCACAAGCAUGUCCUGGCGCUGUACGCCGUGGCGUCCGUGGGAGACCCGGUGUACAUCGUCACGGAGCUCAUGCCCAAGGGGAGCCUACUGGAGCUGCUGCGGGACUCUGACGAGAACGCGCUGCCCGUGUCGGAGCUGAUGGACGUGGCCUCGCAGGUGGCCGAGGGCAUGUGCUACCUGGAGUCCCAGAAUUACAUCCACCGGGACCUGGCGGCCAGGAACAUCCUGGUGGGGGAGAACAACAUCUGCAAGGUCGGGGACUUCGGGCUGGCCCGGCUGAUCAAGGAGGACAUCUACCUGUCCCACGACCGCAGCGUCCCCUACAAGUGGACGGCGCCGGAAGCGCUCUCCCACGGCCACUACUCCACCAAGUCCGACGUCUGGUCCUUCGGGGUCCUCCUCCACGAGAUCUUCAGCAGGGGCCAGACGCCCUACCCAGGCAUGAGCAACCACGAGGCCUUCCAGAGGGUGGAGGCCGGCUACCGCAUGCCCUGCCCGCCCACGUGCCCGCCCUCGGCGCACAAGCUGAUGCUGUCCUGCUGGCACCGGGACCCCGAGCAGCGCCCCGGCUUCAGCACCCUGCGGGAGAGGCUCCGCAGCUUCUCCAGGUACGAGAGCCCGCUCUGAG